AUCCGUCGUUCCUCCUCCCUCCCUUGUUCGCUGUGGCUGGGGUUCAUCAUCGUCAAAAUCCAAACCCUAACUCAGUCAUUGACUCUUCUCUCUAACUCGGAUCAGAACACCGCUUCGUGAAUUUGUGAAGUGCGAGAAAGCUUCGAUCAUCCAAUCUCAAACCCUAACUAUCUGCAUUGUGAUCAAUUCUAAUGGCUGAAAAACCCGAGGAAGAGCAACCUAACGUCGAAAAAGUGUGCAACUUCAUGAAACCCUUGAAGAACAAGAAUAAACGAAAAGGAAAUCAUGAAGAGAAUAUCGGUGAAAGAGUUAUUACGUUAGCAGAUGAAGCUCUGAAAGGGAAACAGAAGAGUAAUGUAGCUGGUUUUAGGAGAGAUGAUCAAAUGAUUGGUGGUUCUAAAGCAGCAGGUGGGGUUCAUGGACCAUUGAGAGCUCCUUCUGGUUACAUUAGGGCUUCAACUAGGUUCGAUUACCAACCCGAUGUGUGUAAAGACUAUAAGAACACGGGUUACUGUGGAUAUGGCGAUUCGUGCAAGUUUUUGCAUGAUCGCGGAGAUUAUAAAACGGGAUGGCAGAUUGAUAAACAAUGGGAUGAAGCAGAGAACGCAAGAAAGAAGAGAAAUUGGCGCUGAAACUUGGAAGAAGACGACGAGGAUGACAAUGAUGGUGAUGAUGAAGAUGGAGUUUUCAUUUGGCAUCGGAUUGCAAGGUCGUAAAUUAUUCAAUUAGAUCUUUCUUAGACUCGAAUUCUUUCAUUUAAAAGUUUCCGAUAUAGAUAAUGGAGCUAAUACGUUUAAUCUUUCUUGUGACAUUGUUGAUCUUAAAUAAAAGGAACCGUUCUUGUGCGAGAUACGGAAGGAUUGCAUGGAUUGAAUUCUCUUUUGGGCAUCGGCAACCGGACAUUGGUGGCAUCCGGAUGCCAUUGCGAGGUAAUGUCUCAAUAAUGAAACAGUUACGCACUUGUCCAUUUAAACCAAACAAACUCGGUACAUCUCAUUCGACAGUAGGGUCUUGAAGGGGUAGGAUGUACACAGCCUUACCCCUGACCACUAGGAUGUAGACACUUGUCCAUUGGUGAUUAGGGAUUUAGUUGUUCUCAAUCGAUCCAGAUCACGCUCUCAACUAGGUAUUGUUCUAUCCUUUAAAGUUGUAUGAGAUUUUAGUUCUUGUGAGCUUGUUUUUUGUUGUACAUGUUUUGUUCUUUUCAACAUUUAUAGAGGUUAAAAGUAUCAUGUCUAGCCAAUGUGGGAACCGAAUGGUCUUCAUCACACGCCAUUUGCAGGCAACAAAGAGUUUGUAGGAUUUUAGGUGUCGGUCAGGGCUAUUUACACACAUUCUCACAUGUUUAUUUUACUCUCACAUGUAGCUUGCUCGCAUGUUUCUUUUAUAAAUCAAGGGUCUUCACAAGCAUAGUUCUAAUCCUAGGAUUACAUAUCGCUCAUCGGCCCAACAAAACAUCGAUGUCAGUCAAAGACCU